AUGAUGAAUAUGAGAUCCAAUUUCCCGGAGCAUGACAUGAGGGCAUAUCGGUAUGCUGUCACCGGCCCUUCUCACCCUUGUUUUCAACAACAUACUCCACCGACCUCAGACAUAGGAAGCCCGGAUGUCAAGACUGAAGACAGCGAUAUCGAAUCCCAAGAUGCACCUAGUCUUGCAAGUGUACCAUACCUCGUCACUCCUCCUCCAAAGGGUCCCUCGAUACGGCUACCGAGCUUUGAGGCAUUUGAUCGAGGAGUUGAAGCUACCGCACGACCGAUUGGGCGCAUUAGCGAUCAUUCUGUAGGCAUUAUACUUCCAAGUCCCUCCGAGUUGAUUGCCCAUGUGGAUCGAAAGCCUCCUCCCACUCGACAGUCAUGGCCCUCAUCGAGUCGUCCAAUCGCCAACUCGUUCGCCGAGUACAGUCUUUCACAGCAGAGGACAGUAACUGGCCUCGGUAUUCUCCCUCUCAGUCUCGGUGGCUUCAAUGAUGAUCAACGCAGCUUCUACGGAAGUCCUCCAUAUGACGCUGCAGGCAAGCAUUUCACACCCCGCCUUUGUCCACCCACUGCCAGCUCCCGGCAUGACAUAUCAUCUGAUGAGGACUCCAGCCAUCGCAGCAACCAAAAGUACACCAUAGAACAGGGAGACUUCAUCAUUUACGCCAGAUACGACAGGAAAUUGAGCUGGUCAAGUGUCGUGAGAGAGUUUGCCCACCAGUUUGGUAAUACCCCUCGACGCACAGUUCAAGGCCUCCAAGCUUGGCACUAUCGAAUAAAUAAUCAGAUACCAGUCUGGGAUGAAGACGGGUGGCUAUGCUUUGACCAUGACGAUGAUGAAAAGCCUCGCCAAAUCAGCAUCAAAGCUCGCGAACGACACAUGUAUCUACAUCCCGGAGAGUCAUUAGGCAUUGCUUCGCGAUAUCCCGAACGGGCUGUACAUUACACGUGGGUUGAUCCCACGACGAAGCAGGUCGCAAAAGAUUGGGGUACGUAA